AAUUUUCAGUAUUAAUUGAAGAUAGCAAAGUGGCAAAAUUGUUUCUUUUCAGCAAUGAUUACAACAGGGAGGUUUGCAGGACAGACAGUGAUUAUCACGGGAGCUUCCCGUGGUAUUGGCAAAGAAAUUGCCCUGAAAUUAGCCAAAGAUGGUGCUAAUAUUGUUGUGGCUGCUAAAACUACUGAACCACACCCGAAACUACCUGGAACAAUCUAUUCAGCUGUAGAGGAUAUCGAAAAGGUAGGUGGCAAAGGUUUGGCAUGUGUAGUUGACGUACGUGAUGAGCAAUCAAUAACAAAAGCAAUCUCGAAAACAGUCGAAAAAUUCGGUGGAAUUGAUAUAUUAAUUAACAAUGCUAGUGCUAUAUCACUUACCGGUACCUUACGAACAACAAUGAAAAAGUUUGAUUUAAUGCAUCAGAUCAACACACGUGGAACAUUCCUGAUGUCCCAAAAAUGUAUACCAUUUUUAAAAAAUGGUAAAAACCCACACAUUUUGAAUAUCAGUCCUCCAUUAAAUAUGGCUAAACAAUGGUUUGCUAAUCACGUUGCGUACACAAUGGCCAAAUAUGGUAUGUCAAUGUGUGUUUUGGGAAUGCAUGAGGAAUUACGACCGUUCAAUAUCGCUGUGAAUGCAUUAUGGCCAAGGACAGCUAUUUGGACAGCUGCAAUGAAAAUGAUUUCAGCUGAAACUGUUCAAAAUAAUUGUCGUAAGCCAACAAUUAUGGCGGAUGCUGCAUACGCAUUACUUUCUCGUGAUAGCACUCAAUACACCGGAAACUUUGUCAUCGAUGAAGGAAUUUUACGGGAAGAAGGAAUAAAAGAUUUCGAUCAGUAUUCCAUUGAUCCAGGAGCAACAUUAUUAGAAGAUUUCUUUCUCGAUGUUGCGGAAACAGCAAAUUUUGAAGCAAUCAGUUCAGUUAUGUCAUUGCAUACAAUGAUAAAUGAAGUCAAACAACGCAUUACUCCGGAUUUGGUCCAGAAAGUUCAAGCGAUUUACCAAUUCGAUGUGCUAGAAGGUUCAAAAAUUCAUAGCAUAUAUUUCAAUCUGAAAAAUGGACAAGGCGGAGUUUAUACAUCGUUAAAUAAUACUGAAAAUGUGGAUGUGCAUUUCAUAACAGACCUACAAACAUCAUCCAAACUAUUUAGUGGCGAAUUGUCACCGACUAUGGCAGUCGCAUUUGGGAAAUUCAAAAUUGAAGGAAGUAUGGAAAAAGCUUUGUUAUUUUCACAACUUUUUAAACCGCCAAAUAAAAGUAAAGUCUGAGUGCAACAUUCCAAUAAAGCAAUUUGAAG